CAGCCAUUUCCUGUUGGCAUCAUAGCUGCCCUCGGACCUCUGGUGAAGCCCAAGGUCAUUAAAAAGAGGACCAAGAAGUUUAUCUGGCACCAGUUAGACCAGUAUGUCAAAAUUAAGUGCAACUGGCAGAAACCUAGAGUCAUUGACAAUAGGGUGUGCAGGAGAUUCAAGGGCCAGAUCUUGAUGCCCAGAAUUGGUUACAAGAGCAAUAAGAAAACAAAGCACAUGCUGCCCAGUGGCUCCCAGAAGUUCCUAGUCCACGGUGUCAAGGAGCUUGAAGUGCUGCUGAUGUACAGUAAAUCUUACUGUGCAGAAAUUGCUCACAGUGUCUUCUCCAAGAAUUGCAAAGCCGUUGUGGAAAGAGCAGCCCAGCUGGCCCUCAGAGUCACCAAUCCCAAUGCCAGGCUGCACGGCGAAAAAAAUGAAUAGACAGCUUAUGUGCACAUCAUAUUUGGGUUAAUAAAACCAUAAAACUACAAAAAA